AUGAAGCUAGCCAGCACCCAAGAAUUGCGACAAGAGCGCCCCUUACAGAGAAGAUGCGGAGUCAAAGCAAACUGGAACCAGAGUUAA